GGAGAAGCAGAUGCGAGAGGCGCGUGGAAGAUCCACACAGCAAUUAGCCGCGGAUAGAUAGAUCAUCGAUUGGAUUGUGUGUGAGAGCAUUGGAGGAGGAGGAGAAAUCACUGGGAUUAAAUCAAUCCUGGGCUUUGUUCUGCCGGCGCUAUGGGAAUAGACCGGCGGCGGAGAGCGUCGCUGGCCCUUACCUUGAACUUUCUGGCCUUGGUCCUGGCUGUGUCAGCUCUGGGAACGAGCCACUGGUGCGCCGGCACGCGCAAGGUGGUCAAGCCCUUCUGCAGCGGUCCCGUGACCACCAAGCAGUCUUUCUGCAUCAGGUUCAACAGCUCCAAUUUGAACGACACGCGGCUGGUGCAGUACAUCUGGGAGACGGGCGAGGACAAAUAUAUCAUGAGGAAGUUUCACACCGGCAUCUGGUUCUCCUGUGAGCAGAACGUCAACAUGACUGGUGAAGACUGCAGGAAUUUCAUCUAUGUUGCACCUGCCAAUGAACGAGGGGUGCUGUGGCUGUGCAUCGUGGCAGAGUGCCUGUAUAUCAUGCUCUUGGCCACCGGAGGAAUCCUCAUGUGGAUAGAAGUGUGCCAGUUUGGCAACGUCAUCGACGGCCUGAAACUCAACGCCUUCGCUGCCAUAUUCACCGUGCUUUCGGGCCUGCUGGGGAUGGUGGCCCACAUGAUGUUCACCACAGCCUUCCAGCUCACAGUCAGUCUGGGACCAGAAGACUGGAAACCCCAGACGUGGGAUUACAGUUGGUCGUACAUAUUAGCGUGGAGUUCCUUCACGGCGUGCAUGGCCUCCUCCGUCACCAUUAUCAAUGGCUACACCAAAACCAUCCUUGAAUUCAAGCACAAGCGAAGGAACAUUGAGAAGAACUUGAAAAUCAAGCAGAAGCUGUUGGAGUUGGACGCUCCUGAGCAGGUGUGGGACAUGUACAUCAGCUCCAUGCCAAGUACUGCAGAGGAACUGCUGGACCUUUCGUCCAAUGACCGCAAACUCUCCAAUACCUCCAUCUUCUUGGACCUCAACGACCUGCCGGACCAGCAUGGGGAAGAGUAUUGCUAGAAAGGGCGAGUUGGAAAUGAACUCGUUCACUGUCAAACGUGACUUUGCAGUGAAUGAGUUAAACAGCAUCACCUUGUGGUUUUUUUAAUUCUACAAAAAAAAGCCCUGGGAAGCAUAAUGUAGCUGUGUGAUGAAAAAAAAUGCACUUAUCUGAAAAGCAAAACAAGACUUGGCCAUUCAUAACACAAAGCGGACAAAAAUGGAAUACUUCUCGAGCAUCUGUUGCACAAUUCCAAAUUAAAAGUGCCAACGUCUAAGUUAAAUACAUGUAAAAAGCGUUACUUUUUUUUAUCUAAGCGGUUUACUUUUUCCUGAGCAUGCAUAUGAACAGACUCAACAUGGGCUUGGAAUGUACAGCAAUAGCUAUUUCUUGAUAUGUUCUUAAUUGCUUUGCUUAUUGGCUAUCAUGACUCGAUUACUUCAAAUAAUUAUAAUCAUAGUAAUAGUUCAUAAUAAUAAGCACUGCCCUGUAAAUUGUUACAUAUACCCUUGCUCAGUUAAAUCCAAUUCAUAUACCGUAUCAAAAUGUCUUAUGAUUACUUUUGAUGUUCAUUACCUCCAGCAAGGAAACUUUCAUCAUAAUUGAUGUGCAUUUAAAUUCUUAAUGUAUUUUUUAUCUUUUGCAUUGGAUCUUUUACAGUUAUUGGUGUAUUCGAUGCCGUCCGGCGUAGGUGAGUAUGCACUUAUGUAGGCACACGAGAAAAAAAAGUCGAUUGCUUUUUAUUGAAUAAAAUAGUGCAGAACUGCUGUGAGUGCAUCAAAAUGUGCUCGUCUACUCAUGGGUUUAGUUACUGUACAGUAGCAAAUGCACAAGCUGAGGGUUACAAUGUGUGUGAACCUACAAUGGAUCUGGCUGCUGUGUUUCAAUGUACAACACAACCAAGUCAUUUGAAGUGCAUUUCAAAUUAGAUGUGAAAAUAGCUUUCUUAUGUUCAAAUCUGAAUUAUAUUCGAUCAGACUGAGUACUGAGCAUGUCGUGUCCUUGGGAAAUAUUUUGUGGAUUCUUUCUUUGUCAUUGAUGUUCCAUUACAGAUUAAAAUGGAGGUUUUUACAACGUUGGCCACUAGAUGACAGUC